UUUACUGAGCUGAGGUUGUGCUGCACUACAGUCGGUUUUUAUAAUAGAAGCAUAAUGGUCGCAAUGUAUGGCAGUAUCAUUUUAGCGCCGUUACUCUUGAGUACAGUAGUCCAUGCUACUGUCAAUGUGAAAGUAGGCAUGCUACACCUGUCGGAUUGUAAGGAGCCCCCGGUGUUGAUAAGCAAGUACUCCCUUUUGCCGGCGGCUCAGAUCGCCUUCGAAACCGUCGCGAAACGCCUGGAAAGGGGUGUGUACAAGAACUUCAGCAUGACGCACGUAAGCACUGAUGAGUGUUGUACACGCCCAGUACGGUCUAGUGGGGCCCUGGCAUCUUCGAUGUACCACGAUGACGGCGUGGAUGCCUUCCUGGGGCCGGCUGUUAGCCCCGAUAUGGCUGCUGUAGCUGACAUGGCCGCCUACUGGAAUCUUCCGGUCUUGGCCGGGGCAGCCACUUCCACGCUCCUGGAUGACAAGACGCGCUUCCCGACCCUGACUCGCGCGUGUCCGGGCAUGGGGCCCAUGGUGCAGUUCAUGACUGCCGUGCUCCGUCAUCUGGGUUUGACCAGCUGUGCCAUACUCCGCGGACUGCCAGUAGAUGUGUACUACCGCCGCGAUCUCCCGGACGCCGUGUUCGCAGGCCUGGAGAGGAAUGGAAUAAUUGUGGUCGAGGUGUACGCAGACCAAUUUGAUACUUUGGAUAAAGCUCUAGAGAAGGUUGCUUCUUUCUCCAAGGUUAUCUUCAUCAGUGCCUCCCCGGUACGUGACAUCAUGGUCCACGCGCAUCGUCUGGGUCUCACUCGGGGCUCGCAUGUGUUUCUAAACUGGAUCCCGUUCGAGCACUCGCCAUGGCAGACGAGCUCCCAGUUCGAAAACAACGAUGCGGAGACAGUUGAAGCACUGAAGGCGUUGUUGAUGAUGCGGUACCAUGUUCCUGAUACCCCCGUGUACCAUGCGUUCCAGCGUGAGUUGAAAGAUCGCCAGCUGACCUUAUACGGGCGUGAAUUAGGCAGUGGGGAAAAUCUGUUUGCUGCUGCGACCUACGAUGCUGUUCUGAUUUACGCCGAUGUGAUCAAUGAAAUUGUGGCCGAGGGUGGCGACGUAAGGGAUGGACGAGUAGUGACAAAGAAAAUGUGGGACCGAACAUUCCAGGGUGUAACCGGCGCAGUUCGCAUCAGCGCCAAUGGGGAUCGCCUCGGGGUGUGUGACCUAGUACUGGAUAUGACGGACACCAAGAAGGGAACGUUCGAUGUUAUUGGUACGUUCGAUGAGGCCACUGGAGCCAUCAUAGUUCAUGAGCCCAUCAAAUGCCUUGGAGGAAAGGCACCCACGGGCUAACUAACUGACCAAACACCAACAACUUGGGCCUCUUGAAUAAUCAUGUACAUAAUUAGUGAUCACGUGACCGUCAAGUUGCGAACAAGCGAGUGUCUUCAAGAUUUGAAUAUUUAUCACGCUGUGUGGAUGGAAGACACUUAUUUCUCGUAGUGUUUUCCCUUCAAUUAAACUUAUCCCAACCAAAGCAAAUACUUGAUGAACUUAUGAACAUAGGUUUGAGCCACAGAUCUUGCGAUCCAUAGUUCAUUCCUGUGGCAGCUCGACGAAAGCCAUUCUUUGAAAUGCUUUAAUGUACACCCAUUACUGAGCGACGUCAUUGUUAUUUUCUUAUGAAUAAACAUCAAACUAGCUGAAUAAUCAUGAUCCAUUGACGAUGUGUGCUGCAGAUAAAAACACCGCUUCCGGCGUCACUGAUUCGCGUCAAAAUUUUGAAUGCACAAUUUUUUAAAAACCUGGCAGCCAUAAUUAGAAUUUAGUUUAGAACCAGUCAUAAUUAUGCGCACUAUUACAGUUUUGUGCACGAUAGGCCCAGUUGGAAGGACAAAGGCUUUUAAACAACCGUUGAGAUACAAACCAUUACGACAUACUUGGCUUUUCUUGCAUGUAUUAAACUUUAAUUUUCUGAAUUUGGUGAAGGUUAUGUUUUUUUUCAGUUUUGCAUAUUUUCGGUUUUGCAUAUAAUUGGUUCUCUGAUAGGUCUACUGAGAACAGCACUAAAUUAGUAAUAAGUUCUGGAUGUUUUAAGAAAUUUGGGUCUUAGUUUAAUAAUACAGUCUGUUACAAAUGCUUAUCGGCGAUAAUUUCAGCAGAUUACACGCACGCUUUUCAGCCAUUUAUAUAAUGAGAAUAGACCUUAUGCGCGGCGGCCAUCUUGAAGGGCAUCUUUUGUUAUUAUAAUUCAGUAACAACGCACAAAGUUUCACUCAUGCAUAUCUCAGCCAAACAGAGGCAUUGCCCUCUAAGAUGGCUGCUGACGCAUAAGGUCUAUG